CAGACGUCAUCAAAUAUACGUGCCAGAGUCCGACACGCCAGUUUGUUCCUACUCACCCCUUAUAUAUACGUCAUCAUCUCACUUCCAAUUUUGUUCAUUACGCGCACAGAUCUAAAACACCACUAUGUACUCCUACCCACCAAACACCCAAAAAAGAAAAAAUUGAGAUGAUCACUUCUGUAACGCUAGCCCACAGCCAAAAGCAGAGCCAAAGUAUGAGCGUCUCAUUUGGGAUCUUCAAGCCUAACGAUGGCUGCGACAUCGAUGAUAUAUUAGUCCAUAUGACCGCUGUGGCUGCCUCCUUGGAAAAAUCCCGCAACAUUAACGUCGCAAUUUUAAGAUGUCUCGACUGUUCAUGGGCGGCUGUUUUUGCAGUGGUAAAGGAGGGAUCACAAUCCGCUGACAGAUCAGACUUAAAUCUGCCUGAGGCAGCAGAGUUUAUAGAGGGAUUAAACUGCGAGGUGAAAAUUGUGAACUCGGGUUUCUUCCGCUUGAAUUCCCAGCAGACGAGCAAAGGAAAACUCUUUGCGCAGCUUUCGUUGGGCGAUGUGGUGAGCCUUCGCAGAAUACGGUUUAGCUCCAAGAGACAAGACAUGGUUUCUUACUCCUGCGUUGCCAUUCUUAAAGCUUAUUUUAAUCGGCUGAAAGGAGUAUAUUCAUAUUCCUUCUAUGACUCGCUGGACGGGAAGAGGAUUAUAGGUUUGGCAGUGUGGGAUAGCAUUCAGUCUGCGUUGGCGAUGCUGAAAUAUCCAGAUAAUAACCCUGCGUUGCCGUUCUGGAAGGGGGCUGGGGCGAAACAGCUCAAGUAUCAUGUAUGCCAGGUUGUCUAUGCCACUGACACGUGUCCCAUAAAAAAUUGCAGCCCCGGUUUUAAGAUCUAAUUUUAUUGGAGGGUCGUACACAAGGACUGGCAGUUAAGAGGAUAUAUCCCUGUCCGGGGUGUAUCACAGAACUUUCUCGAAGGAAACUAUUCCGUAAUGCGCACGCAAAUUCCAUCCAAGACCAAAAAAUAUGGAAUGACAAAAUUCUUUAUUCUUUAUUUUUAACUCAAUGUAAAUAUUGUAAUUAAAGAUCGAAUAACACAAUUCUUUAUUCUUUUGGAAAGAAAAAUAAAAAAAAUUCUUUAUUCUUUUUUAUUUUAUUUUAAUAGGUAAAUGGGGUUCUUUCUAUAGUGUAUUGGUUUAACUUGUGGUGGUGUUGUUGUGACCAUAAAGGUUCAAAUUUCUGUUGGGCCAUUAUCAUUAUGAUCAUUUGUGCCUUUGUUGGUCUAACGUACUUGUGUGUUUGAGCCUUAGCAUUGUUAGAUGGGGAUGAGGUCCCUUAUUUGUAACCUCACCAGUUCAUAGCUCUGGGUCAGAAGCACUUCACGUGUAGUCAAAGGGUGUGUAUAUCAAAACCACCAAUCAAAAGAUUACCCAAUGCUUAAAAAAAUAAAAAAAGUA